GCAUGUGAACGUGUCUGUACGGCAGGAGCCGGGAGAUGCUUCUCCUCCUCCUCCUCCUCCUCCUCGCUGGAUGUAUAUAGGAUAUAAGCAGGGGAGAUAUUCAGCCUCCGUGCACACCUUGCAAUAACACCAAUUAAUCUUAAUUAUUGCGUCGGUGACAUGCAGUUUGAUGGCUGCUGGGGAGGGAAGGGUUAAUGCGAGGCGCCCUGGACACUGAUCCUGCAGAAGCCAAUGGAGGAUCCGGGCUUGCUCACUUCCUACUCAGUCCCAUUUAACCCCUCAACUUCCCAGGCUGCUGUGGAUGGCAGGGUCCCUCCUACUGGUGGUCCAUUGGCAGAAGGUAAGGCUAGCCAGCAGAGGAGGGGUCCCCAUUGGCUGCAGUGGCUGUCACUCACACACCGGUUAGUGAUUUGGCUUCCUUGCCUUGUAGAUGUCAAAGGCUUGAGCUGCACCCUUACCACAUUAUAGCUGGUAGGGGAUCCACACCGAGGAUGGCCACAGCUGCUUCUAAUCCCUACAGCAUUCUGAGCACCACAUCCCUGGUCCAUGCAGAUUCAGCGGGUAUGCAGCAAGGGAGUCCCUUCAGGAACCCACAGAAACUGCUCCAAAGUGACUACCUGCAGGGGGUGCCCAGCAAUGGCCACCCAUUGGGACACCACUGGAUGAGCAGCCUAGGAGAUGGCAACCCUUGGGCUUCGAGUUUGGCCAGCAGCCCCUUGGACCAGCAGGACAUUAAACCAGGCAGAGAAGACCUUCAGCUGGGCACCAUCAUCCAUCACAGGUCACCCCAUGUCAGCCAUCACUCACCCCAUACCAACCACCCCAAUGCCUGGGGAGCCAGCCCAGUCCAUAACCCAUCGCUCACCUCCAGUGGACAGGCUAUAAAUGUCUACUCCCAGCCGGGCUUCACGGUCAGUGGCAUGUUGGACCAUGGUGGGCUCACUCCUCCUCCACAGACGGUGACCACCCAGAGCUUGCACCCAGUGCUUAGAGGGGACACGACCGACCAUGGAGACCUGAGCUCCCACCACUGCCAGGACCAUUCCGACGAGGAGACCCCGACCUCAGAUGAAUUGGAACAGUUUGCCAAACAGUUUAAACAAAGACGCAUCAAACUGGGCUUCACCCAAGCAGAUGUUGGCUUGGCACUGGGCACCCUGUAUGGCAAUGUCUUCUCCCAGACCACCAUCUGCAGGUUCGAGGCGCUGCAGCUCAGCUUUAAGAACAUGUGCAAACUAAAGCCACUGCUGAACAAGUGGCUGGAGGAAGCGGACUCAUCCACAGGGAGCCCCACCAGCAUCGACAAAAUAGCUGCCCAGGGCAGGAAAAGGAAGAAGAGGACCUCCAUAGAGGUGAGUGUCAAGGGGGUCCUGGAGACCCACUUUCUGAAAUGCCCCAAACCAGCCGCCCAGGAGAUCUCCUCCCUGGCAGACAGUCUACAGCUGGAGAAAGAAGUGGUCCGGGUCUGGUUUUGUAACAGAAGACAAAAGGAGAAAAGGAUGACCCCACCGGGGGACCCCCAACCCCACGAGGUCUUCUCCCACAAUGUCAAAACAGACCCCUCCUGUCACGACCUCUGACUAUAGGCUAUUGACCUCUGCCUGGACCUCACAACAAACACAAUGACAAAACAAAUGGAGAUUUCUUUUUCUUUUUUUUUUUAAACUUUGUUGUUUCUUUAACUUAUGUUCUAUUCCAAAUGGCGGAACAAAAAUACAUUAAAACAACAACAAAAAAAAAAAAAAAACUUUUGCAAAAAAUAUUAUAUAUAUAUAAAAAAAAAAAAAAGAAAAAUCAAUAAAGACUCGAGGAGCUGCUUGUUCCAAAUCUGGCAAUAUAAGUGAGACUACAUAUAUAUAUAUAUAUAUAUACAUACCUGCUGUUUACUACCAAGAAGAGACUGUUGUGUUGUGCUAUCUUCUGGUAAGGUCAGACCUGUGCCUCUCACCUUCCUGCGCCUUGAUGACAUCACAUCCAAGAUUUCAGGUGACUUUGGGUUUUACAAUCGUCUUCACCUUCACUCUGGAGAUGGAUCUGGGAUUUUUUCUAUCUUUUUGGGUUAUUUUUUUUGGGUUGUGUUCUCUCCAUGCGGUUCUGUUCCACAAUAUUUGUGAAGGCGAUUUCUUGUUUCAUCCAGGCUUGUAGAUCAGGAUGGUCCGUGCAGUCCUCUUCACCAUCAUCCUCAUCAUCCUCUCCAGUGUUAACUGUUGUGUUACCAGGUACUACUACUCUUUCCUCAGAACCCCCCCUUGUCUACUAUGUGAUUCCUGGCUAUAGUAACCAUUGUGCAUGUCAUGUAUCCAGACAGCCAAGCAUUGUGCAUUUAUCCAUAUGUUAUCCCUACUUAUUAUUGAGGUGUCCCUAUUAUUGUCUGUCUUUAUCCUGUUAGUCAGUGAUGGUUCUGGAGGCCCAGCAGGGACAGAACCAGCCUGGAGUGUGGCUGAAGCAAGAGCCUCUCUCUGUGUAUCACCCUACAUGUAUCUCUAUGUAUCUCAUUGCUGUUUCUCUAUCCUCAUGUCCAAAGAAAACCCCAAGGUUGUUGGUGGUCUCAGUGCUGGUGGGGUCUCUGUAUGUGACUGGGAAUCCUCUAUGGGGGCUCUUAAAUCCAUGAUGCCCCCAUAAGUCUAUGUUCACUUCUUAGUAUUUGCUCAGUAUUUAAUGAAUACAAAACACAGUUGCUAUAAACUGGCAUCAAAAACAAUAAAAACUGGUUACUAUGUGUCUACAAAACAAAAACACAGAAAAGUGCAAAUGUUUCUUAAUAGUUUUUCUCUUGUAUCAGUUCCACUUUUUGUUUUGGCUACAAAUACUGAUCCCAAAUACUGCAUGUGAACAAAGCCUUAUAUGAAUUCUACAAGUCAGUCCAUUAUAUUGCUCAUUGUUCUUCCUAUUCCCCCCACUGCAUUUAUAUGGUUUGCACAUUUAUUAUAUCAUUUUAUGUUACGUUUUUAUUUUAUUUUAUUUUUUUAUAAAAUAAUAUUAUAUAUUGUAAAGCUUCCAGAUAUCAGAUGCUACAGGAUCAUAUCAAAAGUAACGCUUGUAAAUUAUAAUCUAUACAGUCAUUGAUUUGCAUAAAAGCUUAUCAUUCCGCUAGCAAUGUUUAGUAUCAAUAAUUCUAAGAAAUAUUAAUUUUUUUCCUUUUUAUCACCCCAACCCCCAGGCCCAAUACAGACCCAUCAUCUAUUGUAUACAAAGCAGAGCCAUAUGUGCGCAAAUCUAUGUUCGAACAGUCACAUAUUUGACCCUGUCUGAGACCUUCUACAAUUUUUUCCGUUUCAUUUGUUUGUUUGUUCGUUUAUUGGGUGAUUUUUUUUUAUUAAUUAAUUUUUUUUGUUUUUUCAUUUCCAUGAAAAAUCAAAAAUAUUCACACUUGUUGUCAUUUUCCUACUUUUCCAACAUUUUGAUGUUUUAUUUUAGUUCUUCUCCAGGCAGAGCUAGAACUUUAGCCCCAAACUAUCAAUCAACAAAAUGUUUCUGCCAACUUUCUAAGUGUACAGUUUUGUAUAUUGAACUUUUUGAAUUUAUUAAUUUAAAAAAAAAAAGCAAAAUAAUAAAAAAGAUCAUUUACUUUAUUCAUUUAGUAUCUGAUGUAUAAUAAACGCUAUUUUCAUUAAAAGUUGCUUUUUUCAACGAUUUUAUUCAGAAUUGCCUAUUAUAGUUACCAAUUAUUUAUUUUCAAAGAAUUCUGCCGUCUGUUUAAAAAAAAUGCAAAAAAAUAUGCUAAAAAAAAAUAGGUUGAAGAUAAACUGAGCGCAAAGACACAAAAAAUAAGCGAAUGUUAUUGUUUGUUUGUCACCUGGUUUUAGUUUAGAGUUUAUAAUAACGCAAUAUUUUAUUUGUUGUAAAAAAAACAAAAACAUUUUUUUAAAAGAAAAGAAAAAAUUUAAGAAAUAAACAUUUUUACAAAAUGACAAGUAA